CGACAACAGAGGCGGCGCGCGCCUGCGCGGCGGGCAGUUGGUCCGCGGGCUCGGCUGCCCCACGGCGAGAGCGGUGCCCGAGAGCCUCAGGCUCCAGAGCAGACCUGAAUGGCUGAUCUCCAGCUGGGACCUCUGCCAGUGGGUGUUAUGCUCCCACAUAAUCAGAGGGAAGGCCCUGCGCUCCGCUCAACCAAGCAAGACCCCUACCGACAAGCUGGCUCUUCCCAGAGGCCCUCAGUGGUACACCUGAAGGAUUAUUCCCAGCAUAAACUUUUGAGCACCAAAGAGGUGGCCCUGGAGAGUGUCAGUAUUCACCCCACCUGGGACAGCUUAAAAAUCCGGAGCUGCUACCCUCCCCAUUUUGUUGGAACCAGCCAUGAAGAUUCAGGAAACCAUCUCCAGGCUCCAGCCAAGGGCUUGGUUUACUCCUCAGACCCUCCGCCCUGUUAUCUCCAAGCUAAUAACCAAGACUUCAUCCCCUUUGCAAGGAAGAGAAUUGGGGUGGACAGGGCAUACCCACUGAAACCCGUGUGCCACCGGAAAUCUCACAGUACAGGUGAGACACACAGUGUGAAGGGUCACAAUGUCUCUUUGAGAUCCCUGGAACCAAGAAGGUUUUCCUGUGGCAGUCUUGGUUCACCUGUGUUUGAUCCCAUUUUUGAUGCCACACAGAGGGAGGGCAUCAUGGCAAACCACCCGAGAGCUGAGCGGAUACAGAUCCAACGGCUGGAAGCUGAAGGGGCGAGCUUACAGGAGGAAAUCCGAAGGAAAGAAGCCCUUCUGAAGGAGAAGCUAAAGAAGACAGUGGAAGAACUCAGAAGGAUCCAGAAGGAAAGGGAACAGGCCAAGGAAAACGAGAAGAGAGAGAUACAGAGAAUAACCCUCCCCGUGAGGACAGUCAAAGGUAACAGAAAUGCCCUGUAUAGGCCCACCUUCACCCCAGCGUUCUGUUCUGAAGAGAUGAGCAGUAGAGACAGGAGAGAGGGUGAAACUUGGGAACGGUCUUGGGAAAAUUCUGGCACAUUCCAGUUUUCUGAUGAUGAACUCCAGAGGCUUAGAAGGGAAAAACUGGUGGCAAACAAUAACAGAAUGCAGGACCAAGGCUCAGGGCCACUGAUGGACACAUUGUUCUUUCAGCCUUCAGAAGCUGCCCUCGGUGCUGGGCAGGGAUCCUUCAGCAACUCCAGCCUGUCCAGAGCAUCCGACUCCUCCAGUUCCGACUGCUCCACCAGAGAGCCAGAGCUGGGAGAGUGCAUCCACUGCGGACGCAGAUUUCUCCUGCCCCGGCUGGAGAGACACUCGAACAUCUGCAGCAGGAUGCAGGCUUCUAAGAGGAAAGUGUUUGACUCCUCCAGGGCGCGGGCCAAGGGCACAGAACUGGAGGAGUACUUGAACUGGAAAGGAAGCGCGGCAUUCGUCAAGGCUGAGCCUCCUCCGAAGAGCAACUGGAGACAGAAGCACGAGUCCUUCAUCCGCACCCUGCGCCAGGCCCGGGAGAUCCAGCAGGUCAUCGCCAAAGGCGGAAAGCCCUCGGAGCUGCCGCCUAUCCCCCCGGCAGAAAACCCGGACUAUGUCCAGUGUCCUCACUGCAGCCGCCACUUUGCUCCCAAGGUGGCUGAGCGGCACGUCCCCAAGUGUAAGACCAUCAAGAACCGCCCUCCGCCUCCGAGGAAGCACUGCACCUGAGCAGGGAAGGGCAGAAACCCCC